CAUUUUCCGCGGGGAACUGAAUGAUGGGUGGGGGAAACUUUGAAAGUUGGAUGCUGCAGACCCGGUGUGUUUCCCCUACCCCCCCACAUCUGGAGUCAUGGGUAGCAAGAAACUAAGACGAGUGGGUUUGUCACAAGAGCUAUGUGACCGUCUGAACAGACACCAGAUUGUCACCUGUCAGGACUUUUUGUGUCUUUCCCCAUUGGAGCUAAUGAAGAUCACUGGCCUUAGUUAUCGAGGUGUCCAUGAACUUCUGUGUGUGGUCAGCAGGGCCUGUGCCCCACGGAUGCAAACGGCUUGUGAGAUAAAGGCACAGAGGUCUGCUGCCCUCUCGCCAGCAUUCUUACCUACAACCCUCUCCGCUUUGGAUGGAGCCCUGCAUGGUGGUGUGGCUUGCGGAUCCCUCACAGAGGUUACAGGUCCACCAGGUUGUGGGAAAACUCAAUUUUGUAUAAUGAUGAGUGUUUUGGCCACAUUACCCACCAACAUGGGAGGAUUAGAAGGAGCAGUUGUGUACAUUGACACAGAAUCAGCAUUUAGUGCUGAAAGACUGAUUGAGAUAGCAGAAUCUCGUUUUCCAAGAUAUUUUGAUACUGAAGAAAAAUUACUUUUGACAAGCAGUAAAGUUCAUCUUUAUCGGGAACUCAGCUGUGAUGAGGUUCAACAAAGGAUUGAAUCCUUAGAAGAAGAAAUUAUUUCAAAAGGAGUUAAACUUGUGAUUAUUGACUCCGUUGCUUCUGUGGUAAGAAAGGAGUUUGAUACACAACUUCAGGACAACAUGAGAGAAAGGAACAAGUUCUUGGCAAGAGAAGCAGCCUCCUUGAAAUAUCUGGCUGAGGAAUUUUCAAUCCCAGUUAUCUUGACGAAUCAAAUUACAACCCAUCUGAGUGGAGCCCUAGCUUCUCAGGCAGACCUGGUGUCUCCAGCUGAUGACUUGUCCUUGUCUGAAGGCCCUUCUGGAUCCAGCUGUGUGACAGCUGCACUAGGCAACACCUGGAGCCACAGUGUGAACACACGGCUGAUUUUCCAAAGCCUUGGUUCAGAGAGAAGACAGAUUCUCAUCGCCAAGUCCCCGCUGGCUCCCUUCGCCUCCUUUGUCUACACCAUCGAGAAGGAAGGCCUGGUUCUUCAAGGCCAGCAGAGGCCAUAGGGACACUGUGACCUUUGUCUAGAGCUGAUGGGGGCGUGAUUUGUGAAAUGAAACAGGACUGUGCUGCGUGGAAGAAGGAAGCGGAAGCCUGCCUAAUGGCGAUUAAUUAGUUGAUUGCUGCUGAGAUGGUAACAGAUUUGCCCUCACACCACUGCGCCGGCCAUCGCAGACCUGGCAGGGAAGGUGAAGACGAAGGAGUCUUUGUUCUGGUCUCUAGAUGCAUGGGGCUGUGGGCCUUGCCGCUGUGGGAUGUCAACAGCCAUAAUAAUAAUAAUUUGCACUUAUAUAGCACCUUUCAGCCAAGCACCUCAAAGCGGUUUAACCACAUUAAUUAAUUAAAGCCCACAAUCCCCCUGGGGAGAAGAGGAGGAGGACUGACAGGAUUUGUAAUUACAGGAGGGGACGUUUCCGAAUAAAGUAUUGUCCACCA